GAACGUUUGCAAAAGUUAUAUGAACAAAAUAAAUAACAAUGAAUGUACAAUUUUAAAUUAAAUUUUGAAUACUUGAAAUUUUGAAAAUUUUUAAUUUUGAAUUUUGGUAAGCUUAGUGUUUUUAUUUACUUUAUGUUUUUAUUUACUUUAUGUUUUUAUUUACUUUUAACCAUGGACAAGAUAUUUUACGAUACGAUAUCGAUACGAUAGUACGGCUGAGUCAUUUCGCGAUUAUGAUACAAUAUCAUUCACAAUUAUACUACGUCACGGACGAGAUAUCUUGUGCGUUUGCUUAUUAAAACAAAAAUUAUAAUUACAAAAAAACAGACUAACGGGACAUCUUAAAAAUGGUGUAGUACGAAUAUUGUGUCAGGGGAUAACCUCGUCCGUAACAAUGUACAAACGGUAUUUUGUCGCGAAUAACUUGUCUGUGUUAUCGUGCGAAUGGUAUUGUGUCACAACAUAUCUCGUCAAUGGUUACGAAGCAGAUAAUGAUUUAUUUGACAUACUGCAUAUACUGGAUUAGAAAAAAUUUUUAAUUUGAGGAUUCUUGAAAGUAAACAAAUAAAUUUAAUAAUAACAUUACGAAACUGAUUUAAGAAGAUAAAGCAACAGGAUAAGAAACCAUUUCGAAAGAAUCAACAAUGUCGAGCAGUAUGUUGUUAAGCCUCUCGGAAACUUUAAAUACAUCCGAAGCUGCACUUCGUCUUCUUAUCUCCAUUUUUCUUGGAUUACCCAUCGCCCUUCUUCACAGAUAUACUUUGUACGGAAAAUGUCCAGUUUUUCAACAUAUAUUUUUUGCAACCUGUGGCGUUUUGAUUUGCUUGUGGAAUUAUGGGCUCAAUAUACUUCACUCAGCUGCAGCAAUGUAUGUCACAUAUCGCGUCUUAAAACGCCUUGGUGGUACCUCUUUAUCUGUUGUCAUUAUUUUUGUCUUCAAUAUGGCUCAUCUUCUAUGCGGAUAUUAUAUGACAAGUACAGAUGAUUAUGACAUAAAAUGGACUAUGCCACAGUGUGUAUUAACUCUGCGAUUAAUUGGUCUUGCGUUCAAUUUGCUGGACGGUCAAAAACCCGAGGAAAAAUUGUCUGCAUCGCAGAAACAAGUGGCCUUGAAAGAACAACCAACGUUUUUAGAGAUUGCAGCAUUUGCAUAUUUUCCAGGAUCGUUUCUCGUUGGGCCACAAUUUAGCAUGAAAAGGUACUUAGACUAUGUAAAUGGACGAUAUACGAUGAUCGAUACGAAUACUUUCUCUAUGAAAGAAGAAAUUGAACUUCUUGAUUGUAUCAUUCCUGGUAUUUCUCGAAUGUUUGUCGGAUUUAUAUACUUGAUAUUCUAUCAAUUAGGGACUUCAUACAUUCCCAAUCAAUAUCUAUUGAGUGCAGAAUUCCGAGAACAGACAUUCUUGAAACGUCUUUUUACGAUUGGCUUUUGGGGUCAUUUCAAUCUGUAUAAAUAUAUUUCUUGUUGGUUAUUAGCUGAAGGGGUUUGUACAACUUUUGGUCUAACUUAUAAUGGAAAGGAUGAGAAAGGUCGUCCUCUGUGGAAUGGUUGUGAAAAUGUUAAAUUGUUAAAAUUUGAAACAGCAACUCAGUUUAAUGAUUAUAUCUUAUCAUUUAAUAUAAACACUAAUAAUUGGUGUGCGGAAUAUAUUUACAAGAGGUUGAAAUUUCUGGGAUCGAAAAUAUAUAGUCAGUUUUUCACCCUGGCUUUUCUCGCAGUUUGGCAUGGACUUCAUUCAGGAUACUAUGUAUGCUUCUUCCUCGAGUUUAUUAUCAUGUAUGCUGAAAAAGACUUAUCUCAAAUAUUGAAGAGACAACAGAAAUUACAAAGCUUACUAAACAGUCGUCCAGAACUUCAAAUUCUCACAUGGAUUCUUAUGCACAUGUACACAUUUAUUUUUAUGGGUUAUUGUCUUGUUUGUUUUACAUUUUUGUCAUACCCUCGUUAUCAUCAGGUUUACUUUUCUAUUUAUUAUUGUGGUCAUAUAAUAUAUCUCUCUUAUCCACUGAUUUCACUACUUGUUAAAAUAUCUUUUCUCAAAAAGCGGUCUAAAAAGUUUGAACAGUAAUGUAAAUGUAAAAAAGUUUCCGAAUAAGUUUUAUCUUUUUAUUAAUGAUACUAAAUAUAAGGAAAGUGAUUGAAAUGAAAUGAUGAAGGGUACAUUGUCUUCAAAUACUGGAAUUGCACAUAAUUUGUUGAAGUACAAGAAAUAUUUAUAAACUAUUUUUGAAAAGUGCCAAUUAAGAUAAUAAAAUAUACAAUACAUUUUUUAUAAAUAGUAGAAGGUUGCAAUUUCUGUAUAAAUAGAAGAAAAUUUGUUUAAACUUCUAGAAAUGACCUAUUUAUACUUUUGGAAGUCUUUUUUUAAGAAGAAAAAGAAACGGAAAAUUUUGCUAAUCUUUAAUCUUUUAUUAAGCAAGAACUUAAUAAAUUUGCAAUGUAGAAGUAUGGUUUUUUAAUCAUACUUAAUGCUUAUAUCUUGACAUGUUCAUUUUAGGUAUUUGAGGAAACAUUUUAUUUUUGGAAAUUAUUUGUAAUCUCAUAUUGUGAUUAGUAGAUAUAAAUAGAUACUUAAUACUACUUAAGGAUUUAUUUUGUGUGAUAUUGUACACUAAAUAUAAAAAAUUACACCUUCCUCGAUUAAUAGGUGGAAUUAACUUUUGAGCAUGUACAAAAUAUUUUUUGUAUAAACUUUAAUACGUACAAAAUAUUUAAGGGAGCUAUUACAAAUAUCUUUAUUUUGAUUGAUGCGUUUCAAGAAAAUUAUUUCUUUUUAUAAAAAGAACUGUGCUUAGCAUCACUUUAGAUAUAAUUUAAGAAAUAUAAUUUAACACUAUGCUAAAGUUUCUGUUCUUUUAAAAAUAUGAUGCAUUUAAAGAUUGAAAUGCGGAAAGGUAUGAUGUAUGAUUGAUGAUAAUAAAGGUAUGAUUAUACAAAUAAAUUAAA